UUUGGGAUCCCUAGUGGGACGCAAUUCUCAAUUCUGCAGAAAAGAAAACUUAAAAAAAUUACAAAAAGACUAGCGAAAUAGUUGUUGUGAUUUGUUUAUUUGUUUGUUGUGUGUGAUUCCAAGUGAGAAGCCAAUCCCAUAGAAAACAUUUGGGAAUCUUUAAACGCAGACACACACACACACACGCCAUCACACGCUAGUAAUUCUUCUUUCGGUGUCUGUUGUCAUGGGUGAGCAUACGAAAAGUAGUGCAUCCACAGAACAUAUGCAACAGCAACAACAUCAGCAGCAGCAGCAAGAGGCCAGCACAAGUAGUGGGAGUGCUGGAUUAACUCCCUCACCAGAAGCAGCUUCCUCAGCCGCAGCAGCAGUAGCAGCGUCCACUGGUGCAUCGGGCCCAUCAUUAACGGCCAAGGAUGCGCGCGAAUUACAGGAAAUACGCAACUUACUAUGGGGACCAAGCAUACGUGUGGAUGUGUUUCGGCGUUGGUCGCAAGGUUUUGAAUUCAGUGAUGUUGAACCCUCGGCUUUGGUACAAAAGCAAGGAGGUCCCUGUGCUGUGAUUGCCCCCGUGCAAGCCUACAUUCUGAAAAUUCUUAUUAUGGAUACUCCUGGUCACUUUCUGAAAGAUUUAACACCUGAUAAAUGCAAAAGUCUUCUCAUACAAGCCCUCUGUACCAUACUAAGUAAAUGUAAAGCGCAACGCAUACGUUUAGUCACCCUACCUGUAGACAAGUGUUCCGAAGCCAAAGAAACAUCCUCGGCGGAUGCUCCACCCAAUGAUAGAGGUGAUGAUGAUAUAUGCGAUAGUGAUGUGGCCAAUUUAAACAGCAGUGAAGCAAUGGCGGAGGCGGCGCCGCCUUAUGCUUCAGAUGUCAUAGGUGGUGAUGAUAUCAGUUUGACCACCAUGGCGGAUGAGGAAAUAUCACCCGAGGAAUAUCACAAUCGCCUAAAUGUGAUACAUUUCAAUAGUAUUGAGGAAUUGGAAAGAUACUAUAGCCAUAAUUUCGAUAUAUUAUCUGCCAAAUACGGAGUGCUGCUCUUCAUGUACACGGUACUGCUGACCAAGGAUAUUGAGAAUGUCAAUUCCGAGUUGUUGGAUACCUCAGAGCCUCUUAUACACAAUACCUAUGGUUAUGGUUCGCAGGCUUUGAUCAACUUAAUGUUGACCGGCAGGGCUGUAGCUCAUGUCUGGGAUAAUGAUCAGGAUGUGGGUGGCCUCAAGCUGCGUGGCAUCGAUGAACAAAGUGAUAUUGGUUUCAUUACAUUGAUGGAACAAAUGCGAUACUGCACUGUGGGAUCGUUCUAUAAGAAUCCUCGAAAUCCUGUAUGGGUAAUGGGUUCCGAAACUCAUUUAACUGUGUUAUUUAGUAAUGAAAAGAGGCUUGUAUCACCGGAAACACCUUCGGAAAUUGCACGCCGUGUAUUUAAGUCUUAUGAUCCGGAUGGCAAUAAUUUCAUACCAACACCUGUACUGCAAGAUGUCUUAGCUGCUUUGGAUUUAGUCAGUGAAGCUGAAUAUGUGGAAAUAAUGCAAAGACGCUUGGACCCUGAAGGUUUGGGCAUUAUUUUGCUAAAUGCAUUUAUGGAUGAGUUUUUUCCUCUGGAGAAACGUUCUACGCCCGAUACCUUUGACUUAAUGCACUAUAAUGGCAUACCGGGUUCAAAUGAUGGCAAUAAGGUUCGUUAUUGUAAAGGUUCUGCCAUACUCUUGGAAACGGAUUUGAAGUCGGUGUUUGUUUCGAAUCCCCUAAUGACAUGCCUGCAAACCAAAUGGCCCAAUAUCGAAAUGAAUUGGCACGAUAUGCGAAUACCUUCAAUGAAUUGACCACAUUGAGGAAACACAAAUCUAAUAUUCUAAAUGAAAACAGAGUGAAACAGUGGAAUCAUGCUCCUGAUAUGAACAAAUUUGUAAUUAAACAACAAAAACUAUACGAGGCCUAUACACAAAAUACAAUAGAGACGAGAGUGUGUGCAUACAUUUGAGGCCAAUUGCCAUUUCAUGGUUAUUGGAAUAAAAAAAGGAAAUUACCAAAAGAAUUUACAA